AUGACCACCAACACCACCACCAGCAGCGACGACGAAUCCAAGACAGUCUACCAACUAACAUUCUACACACCGCCGACUCACACACAGUCCAUUCUAUCCGCGCUCCACGGCAACACAUCCGCAGGAAUAUGGCCCAACCCAACAGACGGCCCCGGUGCCUCGUCGCCGCCAAAAUACGUCGACGUGGCAUUCAUCACACGAGGCACCGGCCAGUUCCGACCCAGCGAACAUGCGAAUCCACAUAUCGGGAAGCCUGGCACGCUCGAGGUUCUCGAGGAGGACAAAGUCGAGAUGGUUGUUGUGGGCAAGAAGGCGGCCAAAAGGGCGGUUGAGCAGUUGAGAGCAGCGCAUCCUUAUGAGGUUGUUGCUUUUUUUGUGGUCAAAUGUGAACCCGAGUUUUUCUAG